AUGGUGAUAGAAGCUGCCACUGAUAAACAUACAGACGAUCGAGUCACGUUACGGCCUAGGGCGGGCGGUGACGUAAUGACUCCAGAACGAUCAGUCAGCACUUUAGACCUCGCUAUGUCCUACUCAGCACCGUCUAAUCUAGUGCUUACACCGGCUCCAGAAUGUCGAAAACUCUCCCGAGGCAUAUCACGGGCCACAGAUAACGAAGGUCUCGUCUGGGCGUUACGCAGUAACACAGAACCAGACUUGAACACACUAAGCUCAGACCACAUACUCCUGUUACCGGAUAUAUCAGUUUAUCCUACAGAUUUCAGGAUAUUUAUCGAGAAGGACCUCCUCGAAACAGCUACUUUAGUGACCUUAGAGUCCGCAAGUAUUCUCAACUGGUGGCGUGGUCGAGUACCAGGUGCCCCCAGACUCCUGCCGCUAGCGACAUCUGGUGAUGGUAACUGUCUUCCACACGCGGCGUCGUUGGCAGCGUACGGCUUCCAUGAUAGAUUAUUGGCUUUGAGAACUAAAGUACAGACACUUUUGUCAGGGGAGGAAGGACAUGGUCUUACAGACGCAAUUCGUCGCCGUUGGCGCUGGUCGGAAAGCCUUUCCCUAAAAUCGGCUGGCCUAACAUUAUCUGAAGCGGAAUGGGAACGGGAAUGGACUGAAUCAGUGAAAAUGGCGUCAACGGAACCGCGACCGAAACAUCAGCCGAGCGCUGCACCGCACUAUUCGGGCUUGGAACAACUUCACGUGUUUGCGCUGGCCCAUGUUAUGAGACGGCCGGUUGUCGUCUUCGCUGAUGUUGCUUUAAGGGACUUCCGUGGCGAUCCCAUAGCCCCAAUCCCAUUCGGCGGUAUCUACUUACCCCUUGAACUAGAACCAGCUUCGUGCUCUAAGGCACCAAUAUUGCUGGCGUACGACGCUGGACAUUUCUCGGCACUGGUGCCUUGUGAGCCUCUGCCAAGUGAUGGAGCCAGGGUUCCUUUGGAAGACCCUUCGCAGAAUCCUUUACCGAUCAGGUUCAACGUUGAUCCAGGUGAAGAGUUCCGCUGGGAUGUGGAGCCAGAUCAAAAAACCAUAAACAACCUCCUGCCAGAUGAAUUUCAGCGGUCCGCCAUGUUGGAGGCGUAUUUGGACUUGGAAAGAGUGGAGUGCCUCCAAAGCCAUCCUCCAGAAGAGUUGAGAAGGUCCUUGGAUGCCCUCUCGACUAAGAGCUCAAAGCAGAUGAACUCUGUUGCGAAGCAGUUUGGGAGUAUUGGCAGGUCAAUGAGUAGCAAACUGAAAAAGAACUUCGGUUCCAUGGCUAAGUUAACUGGGAAACUGAGUGGCAGUCAAAGUAAUCCAGAGCAUCUGGUGGAGAGGCAGACGUGUGAGGUCCUCUGUUGCAGAGUUUUAGCUGCAAGGGCACCAGUUCAGGAAGAAAUGGUCAAGAAUUACUUGAAUGAGGCCUGGAUUGGUUACACAUCGGAGAAGAAUCGGAGAGAGGAGCCCCAAAUCGCUCCGAGAUAUGGGACUGGAAGAUCGCAGUUUUAUACCGAAGCGGACAGAGAAUCCCACCAAGCCGCGAAUACUCUCACAGCGCGAUCCGUCAAACCGGCACAAGACAGAACGCUUUACCUGUCCAAAUCGACAUUUUACGACGACCGGCCCCCCUCCCCGAAGCCCUGCAGGGCUCCGCUCUGCAUGUACUACGGAAGCCCCGCCUACAACGACUACUGCUCCAGAUGCGCCCAACAACAGUAA